GGCGCGAAGAUUCGUCAAGUCGGGAAGGGACAGGGUGACGGAGAUCUGUCUCCCGAAACCUCCAAAGGGAUGUCUUCGAAGGGAGUACCUGCCUUCUCUCUCACCGUGUGGUGUCUGCUCAUCGUGGCAGCUGCAGAGUCCUCGGUCUACCAAGAGCCCGAAGAUGGGCUGAAUGAGACGGUAACUUGUGCGAAUGACCAGAUGGAACUUAUCAUACCUGGCGUCUUCUUCCUCACCAAAGUGCCUCCUGUUUCUGUCUGGGAUCUGCACCUGAACGACCCAGAGUGCCGCGGCGUCGAGAUCGACGGCAACUACGUGUUCAGAGUCAAGACGAACCUGUCGGAUUGCGGCACCAUAACGGCUUCAGACAACACGCACAUCAUGUUUAUUAACACCAUCCGCAAUAACGACUCUGAUAUCAUCACGAGAAGCUACGUCAACAUCACCUUUGGCUGCCGCUAUCCCAUAAAUUACGUGGUCCAGCAGCCCAAUGGGGAAAACAUGGUGAAAGUGGAUAUCAGGACAAUCACUCUGAGCACAGAGGAUGGAAACUUUUCUGUGGCCCUGAUGCUGUACAAAGAUGAGAACUUCGAGGACAAGUGGACCACCGUUCCUUUCCUGACACUGGAGGACAUCAUAUACGUAAAGGUCUUCAUGAUACCUGCUCAUCUCACGCUGAGGUUAGAGAGAUGCUGGGCUACUCCGACCAACGAUCCAUCCAGCGACGUGGAGUACAUCUUCAUCAGGGAUAGCUGCCCCGUGAUUGCAAACGAGCAGACUCUGACAGUCCUGAGGAACGGUCGAGGGCCAGAGGCCCUCUUCCACAUCCAGAUGUUCAAGUUUGUGGGCAACACGUACAAGGACGUCUUCCUGCACUGCAACGUGCAGAUCUGCCACAACACAGCCGGAGCCUGCCAGCCCAACUGUUCUGGGGAAGGUGCGAUGGCCCGGGCAAGGAGAGACCUCACAAUGUCUCACACGGUGUCUUACGGACCAAUCAGAAGGCUGAUGGACAACAGGAACAAGGCAAGCUUCAAUGCUGGUGGCCUGCCCCCUGUGGAGACCUUUGUCCUCGGGGGUUUGCUGUUCAUCCUGCUCCUCAUCACGGCAGUCUUCGGGAAGCUUUGGCUCCGGACCAGGUGGUCCUAUCCCACCCAGGAAGCACAGCUUACCUUGUCUAACGUCCAUCACCUAUCCGAGGUGGCUUCCUGAUGUUUACCUGGUCCACACGAGCUCCUACAGAGUCACACAUUUCCUCUACACCAAACAAAACUUCCAGAUUAUGACCCUUGUUGCCCUUGCACAUUUCUGUACAGUGGAUUAUAUUAAUCAGACUAAUUAACACCACGAACAAGGCUGGGAUGAUGUUUAGGAUUAAAACUGGAGUAGAAUGUAAAUGUAUGUUGCCUGGUUUUCUUUUGCUUUUCAGGUGUUUCAUUUUUUUUCCCUUCAAAUAUUGUUUUGAAAUCAAUAUAUAUUUUAUAGAUCAGAUGUCACCGGACAAAGUAUGUUUUAUUUUAGAUUUCACAAAAAAUAAAUAAAUAAAUAAAUAAAUAAUGGAAUGAAAAAUUUAAAUAAAGGUGUAAGGGACUAGCCAUAAGGUUCAUCAGGUUUAAAUUUUGUGUUUCAAGAAUGUCAUUAUGUAAUAAAAAUAUUUCUGUCACCAGAUUUACGCUUGAGUCCAAAAUUCACAUUAUGGACGUUUCGUUUAAUUUAAAAGAUACGAAAAUUGCCAUAUUUUGAAGGAAUGUACUGUAUACAUCUCGCAUACAAAUAUGUUGUUACAUUCACCGAAAAAUAUUGCUAGUAUCAAGAGAGCAAAUAUGAAAAUACAAAAGCACAUUAACGCUUAAUGUAAUGACGAAUCAGAACAUAAUGUUCCUUAAUGUAGAAAAUGUCCCCAUUGAACUGUCGAUGUACCAAGCCGCUUGUCUGCAUUUAUUAAUCAUGUGGGAAAUUAAAAUGAGAUGUCUCCAAGGACAAACUUUCGAAGAUACAUUAAAAGUUGGAGUUCCGCAGUAUCUGGGGAACUGAAUACACCACUUAUAUUAAGGUACAGAA